CCAAAAAAGAGGCUCCUGAAUCCUUUCUUCAGUUUCGACCCAUUGGACUUUGUAAUGUGGCUUACAAAACCUUGGCGAAGUGUUUGGUCAACCUGAUCAAACCCCUGAUGGGGAAUCUGGUUCACCCGACGCAAACAAGCUUUGUACCUGGCAGACACAUAUCGGAUAAUAUUAUCAUAGUGCAAGAAGUAGUUCACUCCAUGGGGCUGAAGAAGGGGAGAAAAGGGCAGAUGGCUCUAAAGAUCGACCUAACUAAAGCCUAUGAUAGAUUGAUUUGGAAUUUUGUCAAGGAGGUGAUCACUGAGAUAGGUUUGCCGAUGAAGUUGAUUGAUGCUAUUAUGGCCUGUAUUACCUCACCAACAAUGCAGGUUCUCUGGAAUGGUCAGAAUAUUGAAGAAUUCAAACCUUCUAGAGGGCUUAGACAGGGCUUCCCUUUGUCACCCUAUCUGUUCACUCUUUGCUUGGAAAAGCUCAGCCACCUAAUUCGAGAGUCCAUUGAUCAGGGAAAAUGGAAACCAAUCCGCCUAAACCCUGGAGGACCUCAAUCGUCUCAUAUUUUUUUUGCUGACGACUUGAUCUUAUUUGCCCAAGCUAGCGCGGAUCAAGUUGCAGUGGUCAUGAAGUGUCUCGACACUUUUUGCCAAGCCUCCGGUCAACUUAUCAGUGGGGAGAAAUCCGUGGUAUUUUUCUCAAAGAAUACCAACCGCACCAUCAGCUCUAGCACAGCAAGUAUAUUGGGAAUGCCACCUACUCAGGACCUUGGAAGAUAUCUGGGUGUCCCAGUGCUCCACGGACGAGUCACGAAGGACACUUACGGAUACAUCCUGGACAGAAUCAAUUCUAAGCUCUCAGGUUGGAAAGCUAAAAACUUAACUCUUGGGGGAAGAGUCACUCUAGCCAUUUCAGUUUUAUGCUCUCUUCCGAUCUAUGCUAUGCAGACAACGCUUUUACCUAUCUCUAUAUGCGACGAAAUUGAUAAGCGGAUCAGAGGGUUUAUUUGGGGAUCUACCACAGAAGCGAGGAAAAUUCACCUGGUCCAUUGGGAGGGAAUUUGCAGAAAGAAAGAAGAUGGCGGACUGGGACUUCGGAAAGCUCACGAGCUCAACUUAGCUUACCUCACAAAGUUGAACUGGCGCUUUCUGAAGAACCCUGAAGAACUUUGGGUUCAGGUACUGCAGUCAAAAUACUUCAAAAUGAGAGAGGACAGCUUGAGGUCUAAAGCAUCAACAAGACAGUCAAACCUUUGGCGGGGAAUGCAACGCGCAUGGCCAGUGAUGACGGCAGGUAUGGAAAUGGCUAUCAAAGAUGGCAAAUCUAUGUCCUUCUUUACUGACCGAUGGCUGGGAAAUGGAGAAUGUCUUGCUGACCAUGUGCUACCUCAUUCCGAUGAGCUAGAAGAGGAUCAAUGCGUGGCUAGCUUUGUUCAAUCUAGUGGGGAUUGGGACCUAGAGAGGAUGAGAAAUUUCCUACCGGAAGAGAUGGUGCUUAGAAUUGCUGGUGUCCAACCACCCCGCCCGGAUGCAGGGGAGGAUCUCCCAAUCUGGGCACCUGAAUCAGAUGGAAGGUUUAGGAUCCGUACAGCUUAUGACAUUGCUACCAGUUAUGUGGCAAAUCCCCAGCAGGGCAAUUGGAAGACCGUCUGGAAAUGGCAAGGGCCUGCCAAGAUCCGCUACUUCCUUUGGCUUGCUACUAGAAGCAGGCUUCUGACAAACUCUGAGAGGCAACGCAGACAUCUCUCCAACUCGGACAAGUGCAGCAAUUGUGAGGAUGAAGUUGAAUCAGUGGUCCAUGUAAUUAGGGACUGUAAACUAGCGAGGCAAGUCUGGUGCGACACUAUUGAACCAGGAAAACAACCUGCUUUCUUCGCCGCUGAAUGCAAUGAGUGGCUGGAGGAUAACCUCAGCAAACCAGAGUUCAGCCUGCGCUUCGGUGCUACCUACUGGGCGCUCUGGAAUGCUCGUAAUGAACGUGUUUUCAAGGGUAAGGCAACUACCAAGGAUGGCUUCAUGAGACGGAUCAAUGAAUGGCUCGUGGUUAUUAAAACUGCUAUGGAAAAGGAUCAGGCCCUGCAUCACACUCCCGCCCCAUCGCGACAGACCGCCGAGAUAGCAUGGACUCCCCCUCCACGACAAUGGAUCGCUAUCAAUUGCGAUGGAUCGGUCCUGCAAAAUUCAGGCGGCGCUUCUACAGGAGGCUUACUCAGAGAUCACGGUGGUCGUUGCUUGGGAGCUUUUGCCUGCAAUUUGGGAAUAUGCUCUAUCACUACAGCUGAGCUCCGUGGAGCUGUUAUGGGACUUCAAGCGGCUUGGGAUGAUGGAUACCGCAAAGUUCAGCUCCAACUUGACUCUCAGGUGGCAGUCCAUCUUCUCCAGGAUAAGAAUUACAGAGACCACGCUCAAGCCGGGGUGCUGAGCAAAGCUCAAGAGCUGCUCUCGAAGCAGUGGGACGUUGACAUCAUUCAUAUCUACAGGGAAGGAAAUAAAUGUGCAGACUUUUUGGCCAACUUGGGACAUACCCUUGAUAUUGAACUCCAUUGUGUACCGAUCGAUCCUAGAUGUCUGAGUCAUUUGAUUGUGUAUGAUGGGCAGGGCCUUUCAGAGCCCAGGAAUAUCUUAAUAAAUUGAUAGGGGGCACUGCCUUCCUUUGAUAAAAAAAAAAUUGAAUAUGAAUUGUAAGUAGAUUGUUUUCAAAUAUAUUUUAUAUAUGAUUAAAUUCAUUUGAUGUUAAUGAAUUUUUUCAUUUUUA